AUCACAUGAGGUUAACAAAGCUGGUACACAUACAGUUCACAACAAUAAUAGUAAUAACAAUAAAAGUAAUGUUGGACGAUAUGAAGUAGCUCACAACAGUAGCAACGACCACAGCAACGCCAGUGGUAAAUUGAUAUCUAACAACAGUGGUAGUGAAAGUACUUCCCACAAUGGCAACGACAGCAAUAGCAGCGACGACAAUAUUGGCAGUAAAGGUACUCACAACAAUAAUGGUGAUAAUACGAAGAUCAAUGUUAGAUUGGAAGUAGCUUACAAUAACUACGAUAUUAAUAAUGGUAAAAUAGAUGGCAGCAGUAUGUUAGAUAAGGUUGGGAAUGAACUAGUUAAUGAAAAUAAUAAUUGUAAAAUAGAUGGCAGUGGUAUUGUAGAUAUAGUUGAUGAUCAUGAGGUUGAUGAGGAGAAAGAUGAUAAAAUCAGUAGAAUUAAUAAUUGUAAUUUGGAUGCCAGCAGUGUUGAUGGUGAUGAGGAUGAGAAGAUGGAACGUAAUGUUGGUAAUGUUGAUCAGGCAGAUGAUGCUGGUAACGUUGAUCAGUCGGAUGAAGCAGAUAAGGUAGAUGGUGUUGGAGAUGCGGUUCGGUUAGGGGAAGCAAGGGUUGGUAGCGAUGGUGGUCGAUUGGUCGAUGAUGAAGAGGCGGAUGUUCAUGAUAAUGAUGGUAGUCAGGAAGAUGCGACGGUGAAGAAUAAUAAAUGUAAUGUUAGAGAUAAAGAUAAUGAAGAGAGUGUGGAAGGUGGCUGUACGCUGGAAAAGGAAAAAUUCCUUUAA